UGUAGAUGACAAGAGUUGUUCAUUGCAGACGACUGUUUAGGUGCGCAAAACACGUGCACAGAGCUCACUACUAUUUGUAAAAAAUUUAUAACGUGGUCGACUCUUUCGUGUUUUAACUAAUUGUAACUGCAUUAGCAAAAUGGCACUGAAAAGACGGAAACUUAAAGAUUCUGAAGGGACUCCAGCGAAGAAGAAGGCAACAUUUAAAAAAGCAAAAAAAGUUGUUGAGAAAAAGGAGGUUAUUCACCGAGAGGACGACAUUGAAGAUGAAGAAGAAAACGGACUUGAUGAUAGUGAAGACGGUUUUGACGAUAUGGAAGAAAUUCCAUUAGAUAUUUCCCAUGCAACUCCAGUUGCAAAGACAACAAGUCAAUUGAAAGCAAAACCUCCUGCAAAAACUGAAACAGAAAAAGUUAAUCAAGGAGAUGUCUCCAAGAUUAAAGCAAAAAAAGAUUUAAGGAAGCCCCCUACAUCCCAAGAAAUGAAUGUGUUGCGAGAAACAGAGAAUCUUUUUCACUCCAACAUAUUUAAACUACAGGUUGAGGAAAUGUUGACAGAAAUUUCAUUGAAAUGUAAACGGAAAAAACAGAUUGAAGACUGGAUUGCCGAAUUUGAAGAAGUUGUGAACAAAAUACCUGAAAGUGGAAGUCAUUCAAUUUCUGACACAGCUUGGCUUAACAAGCUAAAAAUCAAGUGUCCCUUCGGUUCGGAUUGUUACGACUCAUCAAAGACAUUCCAGUAUUUGAAACCGAAAAAGCUCGUUCCCAUCGGUUCUUGGGCUAUUGGUUUAACCGGCAAAGGCAUAUCCGUUGACAUACUCAUUGAAAUUCCCCAGGAAUCGUUAGAGCGGGAUGAUUAUCUGAACUACACGUACCAUCGUAAAAGAGCUCUUUACCUGUCAUACGUGGCUGCCCACUUGCAGAAAGCGUCAACUUUGGUUCAAGAAAUUCAGUUUGAAACAUUUUCUGGAGACCUUUCGCGACCUAUUCUUCGCAUUGAACCUACAGGAAAACUCAACCAACGUGUAAUCUUCCGCAUUUAUGCUUCGGCGCCGGCUGAUCUGGUAGCAGUAGAAAAGCUUCUUCCCGACCGAAACUGUAUUCCAGGAACUGGUACAAAAAAAUCUGACAGCAAACCAACUCCUUUGUACAACGUCAGCGUACUUUCUGACAUGCGUAUGUCCAAGAUCAAUCAGCAUGCCAAAGAAGUGCUCUCGUCAAAGAAGAAUAUUCUGGAUGCAUGUCUUCUCUUACGGGUGUGGCUUCGACAUCGACAACUUGAAGAGGCCACUAGCAUGUUCGUUCUGACCCAAUUUGUUGUCUACUUGAUCGAGACGAAGAAACUGUUUCCCAACAUGAGCGUUUAUCAAGUUGUUCGAACUACUUGGCUUCAGCUCUCCCGCUCAAACUGGUCUAAAGAGGGUAUUACUUUACGCCCGCAAUCGGGCACACCUCCCUUAUCGGUGGCUGAUGCUCACGCCUCGUUCCCGGUUAUUUUUCUUGACGUAACCAGCACGUUGAACCUCUGCGCCCAUCUCUCCCAGGCAGCUUAUGACUGGUUAAGAUGGGAAUGCACUCUGGCCGUAGGAUUGCUUAACAAGAAGGGAAUCAACAGCUUCGCCGCCUUAUUCAUCACGCCAAAGCCUUUUUUGUUGACGUUCGAUAACGUUGUCAUCAUCGACAAUGUUCGUGAAAAGGUUCAAAAAGACAAACGGCAGAAUUAUUGGCCUGUUGAAGCAGCCGGAAAAAUUCAUGACUGUCUCGUCAAAGGUUUAGGCGAACGGCUGAAAUUAACAGCAUGCAAAACUUUGCCAAUUGCUUCGUGGUCGGUUGGCCAAGAGCCACCCAAAAACUCCUGGAAGUUGGCAUUUGGUCUUUGCUUUAAUUCUCCAUCUGCGUGGGAAGUGUUGAACAAAGGUCCGGCAGCCAAUAGCCCAGAAUCCGCUGAAUUUCGUGCCUUCUGGGGAGAAAAGUCAGAACUUAGAAGGUUUCAAGAUGGUUUCAUUUGCGAAGCGGUGCACUGGCCAGCCAAUAGUUGGGCAGAACGACGUCUUAUCUGUCGCCAAAUUGUGUCGUACUUGUUAGAAAAACGUCUCAACUUGGCAAACAACUACGUCUACGUUGCCGAUCAAUUGGAAUCUGCCAUUUUUAUUCCAAAACUUCAAGAUCCAGCGGCAUACGGAACUGGCGAGGAAGCAACCAUGGCUGCUCUUGAAGCUCUAGAUGAAAUCACGAAGAAUCUACGAGCAUUGGAAGACUUGCCUUUGUCAAUAGCACAAGUGCAAGGAGUGUCUGCUACUUUUAGACACGCAGAGCCGUUUCCACCUCUACCGGAAACUCCACAAGGGCUGAUAGACCUUUUUGGCCGCAGCGGAUAUAACUUGCUUCCAGCCGUUGGAGCAACUCCCAUGUAUCUACCGUCGUUAUCUGUCCUGUUGACGUUGCAAACCAGUGGCAAGUGGCCGGAUGAUCUGGAAGCUGUCCGACGUAUUAAAGCGGCUUUCUACAUCCAACUGGCUGAAAAGCUGACUGCUAUUUUCGACCUCGUUGCUCGAGCAUUCAUCGAUCACGUUAUCGUCCAACGUAAAGGCUAUAUUUUCAAGUUGUUCAUUGCUUAUCAUCGUGAUGUGGCAUUGUUGAAACGGUUGGUCGAACCCAACGGCAUUGUCAAAUAUCGUGACAAUCCAGAGUCGCUACUUUUGCAGAGGGAUCAAGAGAUUACGCCAAGACUUGCAACGGCACUACGUGCUUUGCAUGCGGAGCAGCCGGCCUUUAGCGUGGCAGUUCGUCUGGCCAAGCGUUGGGUCGCUUCGCACAUGUUGCUGGAAUACCUGGAAGAGGAGGCCAUCGAAAUGAUUGUAGCCAGUCUUUUUGUUGAUUCAACCAUGUACGGUUUACCGUCUGCUCAAGAAGCUGGCGCGCAAUCCUCCCUUCAUGACGCCAUCGACUGGGUGGGUCCAUUAACCCCUCAAGUCGCAUUCUUUCGAUUUUUGCAGUUAGUUUCCUGCUUCGACUGGACUAGCCAGCCACUUAUAAUCAACUUCAACAAUGACCUCACACCAGAAGAGAUAAGAGACACUGAAACAUCCGUCGCAGCUCAGCGAACUCAGUUGAAAUCACCUUUGGUCCUGGUGACACCGUACGAUCCAUCCGGCGUGGCCUUCACUCGUACUACACCACCGUUGCCCGUCUGGUCACGUCUCAUGGUUUUAGCCAGCGAGUCGCUCAAGUUGUUGGAGCGUCAGCUGAUGACAGUUGACGCUAAAAAGGUUUACGUGCUCCAGGCAUUCCGGCCGCCCUUGGAUGCCUACAACUGCAUUAUCCACCUGAAUAGAAGCGCUAUCGCCCGUCGUCUGCACACACUUGAUGGUCCAUUCAGUAAGAAGGUGAAGCUUCACGAACAACGGCCGCGAAAAACGUUAUCCAUCUACGAUUAUGAACCUGUCGAUCGACUACUGGAUGAAUUACGAGCCGCUUACGCCGAUAAGGCUCGCUUUUUUUAUGACAAGUACGGCGGGUUAGUGAUCGGCGUCAUGUGGAUCGACAAAGCCUGGAGCACACCAUCAGAAUUCAAAGUCUCCCACGUGAACGGUUCAAUGUUAGUGGCGCCUUCGGCCGCGGGUGGAGAAAUGCGGUUAGCCCCCAAUUUGGAUGCCAUAUGCCAGGAUUUUCUUAUAAUGGGCAAAGGACUGGUCAAAUCGGUCCAAUGCGGAACAGUUGUUUGGCAAGAUUCAGUCUGAAAAAUCAAUCAAUUCUAAAUAAACUCUUUAUCGACAACAA